AUGUCAGCAUCAGCCCCGCGUAACUAUGAUGAGGACAAAGAUUUGAUCACGGAGUUUCUUCGAACAUUCAACAAGAUCGAUUCUAAUGGAAAUAAACAUUUUUUAUAUAGCGAACAGAUGACCAAUGUAGCUAACCGUGAGCAAACUGUUAUGUAUGUCGCACUAGACGACGUAGCGGAUUUUUCUGAAGAAUUGGCUUCUGCUGUUGAGUCGAAUGCAGCACGGUAUCAAAAGCUAUUUGCCGAGUGCGUGGACAAGUUAUUACCUGAUUUCCGAACCGUAGAUGAAAUUACAAAUCCGACAUUCAUGCCUCUGACAUUAUGUGGUACAGCAGCGUGCAAGAAUGCUGGUGCCGGUGGAGGUGGACGACUCCAUUUACAAACUCGAGGUUCCAAGUUCGCGAAAUUCCAAGAAAUUCGCAUACAAGAAUUGUCGGACCAAGUAUGUAAAUGCUUCUGA